CCGUACAUGUUCUGUACGAGGAUAAAAGAGCUCGCUAUCUGGCAAGCCAAAUAGACGGAAAGGAGUAUUUCUUGCAUUCAGAAUGAAGCUGCAGGCGCUUAUCUUCAGUUUACUGUCUCUCGCUUCACUCUCGAUUUUGGCCGAGAGUUCCCAAGCGGAUAACAAAGAAUACCCGACUCCUAAGGAAUGUGAAAAUGAUUACUCCGGCUUGAUCGCUACUGCUGCUACCGGAGCCGCCAUCGCCGCUGCAGCUCCUUUUGCAUUACCAUUUUUAGGAUUCACCAGCGCAGGAAUCGCAGCUGGUUCCUGGGCGGCUUCCAUGAUGUCGGCCGCAGCCGCUGCCAAUGGCGGUGCUGUAGCUGCUGGCAGUGCGGUAGCAACACUGCAGAGUGUGGCAACUGCAGGAGUUGGAGUUGCUGGCAAGGUUGGUUUGGCUUCAUUUGGCAGCGCCGUAGGAGCCGGAAUUAAAAUGGCUCAAGAGAAAGCCAAGGAGGCCUUUGGUAAGAAAGAGGACAAUUAAGGACACACGAGUUAUAUGUAUGUGUAUUAAUAAAUAUGUACAUGUAUAUAUAUAUAUAUGAAUAAAAAAGUAUAUAUGCAUAUAUAUAUAAUAUAUAUAUAGUUAUGUAUGUGUA